AUGAAAAGCCCAGUGAUGCUUCCAUCUUCACUUCUUCGGACAGCCAUCCACAGAGUGGACCCCACAUCGCCGAAUCGUAUGGAGAUUAUGACUCCGAUAUAUUGCUCGCAUCUUAUUGCGCCACGUCUGUGUCAGGAGGAAGAUCAACGUCCAUAUAUCUCUUGCUCCACUGUGAUUGGUACACGUCAUCUUGUUAUGUUCCACUUGUUCAUGUGGUGGAGUAGUAACAAGUGGGAAGAAUACCAAAUAUCUCAAACUGAGCCGUGGGACCCAUUUGGAUAUUUCUCAACGGGCUGUGUCCUCAAAAAGCUGCCCGUUACUCCACAGCCAUCGAACGGCUCGAGACUCUUCCGGGUAAGCUGCCCGAAAAAUUUGUCAAGGAAUAUGUGGGUGGCACUGAAUCAACGGUGGUAA